GCACACUGUCUGUGUUUGAGCUCCAGAGGAAUCGGGCUUGAGUGGAUCUUCCAAUCACGUCUCCUGUUGUCCAGCUCUGGGUCUUCAAAGAGUAUCUAUUGGCAAAAACAUCUGCUUUUGGAAGAUGAUGUGGUCCUCUUGGCGCCAUCAGGCCGGGAUCUCCACCUCUCCCUGGACCAGUUUGCAGCUGAGUGUGAAGCGGCUGCGAUGAAAAUCAGCACCUCUAAAUAUACUGGACAAACAGAAGUGAGGCAGAAGAGUUUAUCAGACCUUCACCUAACACCACUUUGUUCAACCCAGAACAUGGAUAUUCUGAACCGAAAACUCUCAGUAGCAGCUACUUCUGGUCAAACCUGCAUCACUACUACAACCUAGUCAUGAAAGAAUUUGCAACCUCUGAUGAGGAGACAGAUGAAGAGAAUGACCUCUUUGAAGACCCAGAGCUGGAGAACAGGAGACGUGAGUGGAGAAUCCACUCAAGCCCGAUUCCACUGGAGCUCAAACACAGACAGUACGCCCGAAAGAAGCUCAUUCAUGACCUGUGUGACAGUAACGGCACCUUAGGCUUCAAUGGGAAAUGGCAGACAAUUGAUGACAUUCCUAGCUGGGAACUUGCAAACCUGCUUGUAGAUGACCGGCAUGGAAUAAUCUAUUGCUACGUCCCAAAAGUUGCAUGCACUGAGUGGAAGCGGAUCAUGAUUGUUCUGAGCGAGAGCCUUAAGGUGAACGGUGUGCCUUACAGAGACCCGUCAGAUAUUCCCGUGGAACUAAUACAUGGAAACAGCAAUCAGUACCUUAACAGGUACAACAGGACGGUGAUGAAACAGAAACUUCAACAAUACAAGAAGUUCAUGUUUAUCAGAGAGCCUUUUAUCAGACUGAUCUCAGCCUACAGAGACAAGUUUCAAAAGGAAAAUCAGCCAUUUUACAAGCAGUACGGCAUCCCUAUACUGAAGAGAUUCGGCAAAAUCCCUAAUCCACCAGCAUCUGUAAAGGAAGCACUCGCUGCUGGUAUUGCACCAUCUUUCUCCAACUUCAUUCAGUAUUUACUGAGCCUACCAGCAGACAGUUAUGAACUGCUGGAUGAGCACUGGAGACAGACGGCUCAUCUGUGCCAUCCAUGCCAGAUCCAUUAUGACUUUAUAGGGAAGAUGGAGACCAUGGAAGAAGACGCAGCUCACCUGCUGCGAAUGCUCCGUGUCGAUAAUAUCGUCCAGUUCCCAAAGAUCAAAAGUAGCACAACAGAUGAAAACUGGAUAAAGACCUGGUUUCCCACCAUCACUGCUGACUCGAGAAGGAAACUGUUCAAACUGUUUGAGACAGACUACAAAUUAUUUGGAUACCAAGUUCCUGAAUAUCUUCUACGUCCAUAAAACACUGCUCACUUCAUUGUUGGUGUGAUUCCCAUGUGAUUUGUAUAGAACCAUUUUUAAAAGAGCCCUUAAAAGAACCAUAUAGAACUGGGUUUUCAUAAUAUAUUCUUAAACAUGAUUCUUCAAGUGUUUUUUAAUAAAGAAAAUGGUUCUAUACAGAAUCUCGAACACUCAAAGAACCCUGUGCAUGAUUUGCAACCUGCUUUCAGUUUUUCAAAGAAAUCUACAAGGAUAUAUUUCCACACCUCCAAAGCAUUUUCUUCUUCUCACAAUUCAAGUAAUCCCAAACAUAUUUAGUGAUGAUGACGUUUUGGACGUUUUGGCCGUGGUCAGUCCAUUAUACUGAGAACACCAACAGCUCCUUUGUUUGAUUUGCAGUUUUCUUCUUUUUUUGUCUGUUUGCUUUUCUUUGUAAGGGCCUCUUGACAGCUACACAUUCUUUCAGACUCAUUGUUCUGAUUUGUCUUCUUACAGUAGAAAGAUAAACAGAACCACCUGUGGAUGUUUUCAGAUCUGAAGCAAGAGUGGUGCUUGAUUUUCUCCUCUCUCUCUCAAAGAUGAAAGCUUGAAGUGCUCUUUAUCUGAUGGGGACAUUUUUAGUGAUCUGUCAAGUCUAGCAUCAUUGUUAAGAUUGCAUGUUCUCUCCAGUUUGGAAACUCUUGAUUUUUUGUUUUGUUUUGUUUUAUGGACUAAUUUUCCUUUUACUUUCCUCUUUCUUAUGGAAUUGCAUUGUCCUAUAUCUAAUCUUCUCAAUUUCUUCUGAAAAAUUACUAGCUGAUUCUUAGUGGCUAUUUGAGUGGGUGAUAAAAGGUGGUCUCUAAUUUUUGCAAAGUACUGUAUGUGGGGCAUAUACUGUAUGUUGAAGCAUAUAUCAAUGUCUGAUGGAUACAAAACAUAAAAAACUUUAUUGCAUGCCAUUAAGAGUCUGUGUUGCUGUAUGGUGGAAAUUGUAUUAUUUUUUUCAUAAAAAAAGGUAUUAAGGAUUUUAAAAUUGCUUGUAAAAGUUUUCACAAAAUUUUCACAAAAGUUGUG